AUGGAGGAAGAAAACCUAAACUUUUCCUUUGGGGAAGGCGAAGACAGAACUGAUAGACUGCUAAAGAAAGGUCAAGUUACUGCUGAGAGAUUGGCUCAAAUGUUCAAGGUAAGUGAUGAAUAAUUUAUAAAAGAUUUGAUGACGUCUUUCGCUUUUAAUUACCCUGUGAGCAAAGUCCUCUCGUAUUUCUUCAUGGCACGUAGAAGCGAGAGAAAAGAAAUACGAGAAGACUUUGCUCACAGGGUAGCUUUUAAUAUUCUUGGUGAGUGGUUCUCGUGACCUCGUGUAUUUUAUAUUUAUAUUCUUUGAAAUUUAGCUCGAAAUAGCGGAAAUACACAUCGUAGACGAGUUCUCAGGAGCAAUAGAGUGGCCAAACCGAGAUGGCUGUUUUGACUUGGCUGAUUUCGGGCACGAGUCAUAUAUGAAAGUUCAAUUGCUUAGAGGAUUACAGUCUCUUUCCUAUCAGAAUUUGGCCAGUCCCAGUACAACAGGAUACUCUCCAAUGUUCAGGUUUGUCUUUAAUAAUUAGAUGAGUAUAGCUGUCUAGUUUAGGCGAUGACAAGUGGGUGGGGUUGGGUGUGGUGGGGGUAUGUGGGAUUGUUGAAUAUUCUAAUUUGUGCCAAAUGCUUACAUUCAUUCUCAUCAGUUUUUGAUAAAAUUUGUACAAUUUUUCUCGCCAAAGAUACAGUGGUGGCUCAGGAAUGAGCACACCACAGCUAACUGCUGUGUAUUGAUGUGUGGGCGGCAAUGUGGCCGACACGUUUCAGCAACACAGUAAUGGUCUGGCAUGCCCCUAUACCUCUACCAGAUCACAGGUGACUUGGACCCUUGCUUCUGAAUGUUCUAGCUAUAUGCUCUUUUGUUCUAACCUACUAUUAAUAAUAAUCGAGAAACACUAUACUGGUUACAGUUGCGGUAGGGGUUGCAGUGUUUGUUGGUCAUAUGAUUUUGUUGGUCAGAUGACUUUGGGUGUGUGUUGGAUGUUGGUGAAUCAGAGUUGAGUGUGUUUUUAAUGAGAUGUAUUUUUUUCUUGGUCCCCACACCCGACUCGUCGCUAUAGCGACGGUCGAUGCACACGUCCGAACCCAAAGCCUUGGUCGACCGAACUGAGUGUGAUUUGAAAAUGCGCGCCAUUUUCUGGUUGGAGAAUGACGUCACAGUCGUUCAUAAAUUGAUCCUGUGUGCCGGAUGUCUGCGAAGACAUUAAAAAAUUUUUUGAUUGGUUUAUGUCAUUUUGUGUGUGUAUAAAAUUUUUGAAUGUUCGUGCUUUUUUUCAGUCGUGAUGGAGCAAGCAAAGUGGGAGGAGGUUGUUGUUUCGUGGAUGUGUGGUAAAUCAUUUGAAUUAGAAGAUAAUGACAGUGGGCUUGGUUUACCGAAGGAGAAAGAGGAAUGGCAAAUUGUUGAUUUGGAGAAGAUUUUGUUGAAACAGUAA